CGCCAUGGGAACGGAACUCCUGAUGAAUGAUUUGGAUAGCAAGUUCUGUGCCGAUAACCUUCUGACCAGCGAGGACUGGGACACCGGCCUGUACAGUUACCUGGACGAGACGGAUGACAAUGGGGAACUUUUUCCACCUGCUUUCAGCCAUUAUCCUCUGCAUUUGUGCGACCGGCAGAUGGAUAUCGAGCCGUACUCCACGUCAUCCUCGUGGGACGACAUCCGCAGCAAGGAUUUGUCAGAUCUUCUCGUGAAGGCAGAGCCGCUUUCCCCGUUCUCAUCCUCGUCCUGCGACUCGUCGUCCUCCUGCGAUGCCCUCUACACGAAGUCUCAAGGAGACUUGGCGGCCACGGUGAAGGUCGAGCUGCCUCCGUCCCCCCCGUGUCAGACGCAGGAUGCCCCCCUCAACCCUUGCGGUGCUCUGCAAAUAACUCUCCUCCCCGUCCCCACAGGGCCAGGAUGUCUCUCGAAGUCUAACGGUCUGGUGUCCAAGAAGCCGGCCCUGCAGCCCAGACCUGCCCCGGGGACUAAACCUCCUCCCAGCACAAGCAGCGCGUCCCACGCCAUCAUCCUGCACCCCGUUACGACGACCGCCGGAACGACGCCGGCGCUCACAGCCUCCCCUCCUGUUCUGGUCUCCCAGCUCGUGCCGGUACCCAGCGCAGGAUCUGCACCGUCUCCUGUUAAACCCGAGACCAAGACAAUUAUACCGGCGCCGAGUGCUGGUAAAACCAGCCGCCCCGAGGUGGACCCCAAGCUUUUAAAGAGACAGCAACGCAUGAUCAAAAACCGGGAGUCUGCCUGCCAGUCCCGCCGGAAGAAGAAAGAGUACGUGCUGGGACUGGAGGCGAGACUGCAGGAGACGGAGAGACAGCUGGAGCUGGCACGCCGGGAGAACCGGGAGCUCAGAGAGACCGUACAGAACUUAAUGCGAGAGAACGCGUCCCUCCGGGUCUCCUCGGGCAGUCGGAAGGUGGUCUGCGUUAUGGUGGCGCUUGUGUUCAUCGCGUUUAACUUCGGACCUUCGAGCCUCACCCAAACCAUACAGGAGGAGACCGCGAGAAGUCCGGAGAUUUCCCAUCGCGCUCGCCACUUAUUAACCUAUCAGAGCGGAGAAGAGCCCCGCGAGCCCCAAAGGCCAAAGAUGUACCCGUUUCACACGACUACAACCGCGAGAAGCUCCUUCAGUAACGCCACCGGCUCGCUGGCGAACGUGAAGCAUCUCAUGGUACGGGAUCUGGAUCAGCUCUUCCUCACCUCGGACUGCAGGCACUUCAAUCGCACGGAGUCUUUGAGGUUAGUUGAUGAGCUCAGCCUUUGGGUCCGACGACAUCAGAAUGAAAGGAAGAGCGGGAAGCAGCCCCCCAAGAAGCACCGAAGAGCAAAGAAGCCGUUCGUUAGGAAGACCGUGUCGCUUUCUGAUCUGGUGCCUGCGCAGCCUUCCAGAAUCACACACAGGCUGCACAGCGCUCCGUUACAACUCUACGGCCCCCCGAAACCCAGCGACACCUUUCUCAUGGACGCCAUCGAGAGACGCGAGGAUACUUUCUACGUGGUGUCGUUCCGCAGGGAUCAUCUCCUCCUGCCUGCGAUAAGUCACAACAAGACGUCCCGUCCCAAGAUGUCCCUUGUGAUGCCAGCCAUGCCCGUGAACGACAGCGUGUAUAACAAUUCCCGAGGAUACGAAACCAUGAUGCAGAUAGAUUGUGAAGUUAUGGAUACGCGGGUUAUCCAGAUCAAAUCCUCCACCGUUCCACCAUCUUUGAGAACGCCGCCGGCGCGACCUGCGCAGCAGGGGGCUCCCCGCGGGAACCUCUCCCUCUAUCUUCAGGACCACGACCCGUCGGAAGACGGACAGAACUGAAGACCGAGGAG